GCCGCCAUGCCGAUCAGGGGAUUCCUCAUCCGGGGGACGUCUCAUUGCUUUUUCCUGACACUUGUUUCCCGCCUUAGGGCUGCUACUGUAUGUACUCUUUUCUUUUCCCCUCUCCGGUCCCUGCAUGUCUUGCUUCGCAAGUGGUUUUUUCCUUUUUGUUGCGCACGCCGGCGAUCACGGUCUCUCCGCUUUGUGACGGAUGCGAUACGAUGCGAUGCGGUGGGUAAGAUGGCGAGAUAGGGACGGCAUCGAACAAGGAGAUGCUUGCUUGCGCGACACACCACCACUACACUACCUGC